GCUACGCACACCCCAAGCACCCCACCCAGACACCUUCAGUUAUUGCGAGAAAAUAGUUUAGAGGAACAGGUCACUGGAAUGAUCAUUCGUAAUUCGCCUGGCUAUCGUCAAAACAGCCACGACCUCUCACUAGGGCAUCCGAUGCCACUUACGCCUCACCUUCAGAAUCAGCUUUACGAGAAGCAAGAUUACAGCAUUGCAUUUCUACCAGAAAGCCCUGGGUUUGAUUCUCAGGUUUUACCAAUAAAACCCUUCCCGUCAAGUAUCUGGUUGACAUCUCCAAUUCCCCCCAGUCCCCCCCCCGCAACAUCUGCAAUGUUCCACUCACUUCGGUCGCUGAACUUUCAAGGUCCUCAAGCACUGGGCUGGCAGUUUGGAGCCCCGCUUCCGCGGACGCACUUGUCGCCAUCUCGCGGACCACUUUUUACCCUCGGAGAUUAAUCACAGCAAACAGUCCCGCUAUUACUGCAAAACCAGCUUCCGAACCACUCCUCGAUCUCAACCCCUCAGGAUCAGCGACAUAUGCGCCCUACCAUCCAAAAUUAUCCCCCGCCCCGACGCCCCCACUAACAGCAAUCGGCCCAGGGUGGGCGGAUUAAAUCACCGGAAUAUCCGUGGACGGGUGCCAGAAGGCCUCAACUCGGACAUCGCCCUGAGCGCAAUAGCCCCCAUCAGCAUUCGGGCCUUCAUCACCCUCCUCCUCCUCCUCUGCCCCCUGAGAGUCUCGAUCAGUUCCCCCCUUGGACCGGAGCGCCUCAAAGCCAUCUUACCCAAACCUCCUCCACCUAAAUCGCCACAGACAAAGACAUAGGGACAAAGUCAACAAAGGACACAGCACCAACCGCAUCCAUUGCGGAGCCGUCCACUCCCUCGGUGGAGACCAGCGUUUCUAAACCCUCAAGUGUCUCCACAUCUGGGGAAAGGCCGCAUGCCUCCAGUCAACUUAGAGCAGAUGAUAUAUGAUCAGAAUACCAAUCUCCAGGCAUUCGAAAGGGAGAUUAUUGCGGCCGCCACACCAACUCCGCAGGAAUUAGCCGCCUAACCAGCAUUUGAAAAAAUGUGUACCAAUCUGGGAAAGGAUCUUCCCGCAAGGGGAGUUGAUUCCCGUCGGAAGUCUAGCUAGUAAGUGCUAUGCCUUUCACUUUUCUCAACCUUUUCUUGAUUGUGUACCUUGUAGCCAGUUUGGUUAAUAUCACCUGAUACAUCUCUAAUGUAAUUGCCUUGCUCUCCUCCAUUUUAUGGGUACCAUAGCAGGAUUCGCAAUUACUAAGUCUCAUCUCGAUGCCGUCCUCGUGUCUCCCUAUCGGGAGGACUUUUUCUGCACCCCUGACAAGAGUGACGAAUCCAAUUCUCUUCCACAUAAUCUGGCGGAAGAAUUUCAGUCUGUGGGGUUCGAGAUUACGCUACUCUUAAAGACCCCUGUACCUAUAAUGAAGCUAGCACUCAAAGCUACAGGUGAGAACUCAUUUGACUUGAUUUGCGACAUGGGGUUUAAUCAGGACCUAGGAGUGCAUAAUACUAGGACGCCGCAAACACAUAGUCGAUGCGAUCCAAGAGUCAAGGAAAUGGUUCUUUUUAUAAAGGUGUUUGGGCUUUCACCAUAAUUCUAACCGCGCAAUCCUCUUGGCAGCUCAGAAUUUUGUAAACUUGACACCGUCACAUGCCAGUGGUGGGCCAAGAGAAGGCAUAUCAAUAGCCCAUACCGUGGUACCGUCUCUUCUUACGGCUACGUGCUCAUGAUCAUCCAUUUUCUGAUCAACGUGGUUGACCCCCCUGUUUUGAUCAAGAGGCAGAACAUCGGCAUCCCCGAAGAUGCACCGCCUGACCAGAUAUUUGUUGAGGGUGGCGAAGGGAGCAUCAUGUUUGGUAUGCUAAAGAUAUCGAAAAUCUUCCCAAGACCACGAACCAAAUGCCUGUCAGCCAGCUCCGACAUAGCUUCUUCGAAUACUAUUCACAUAGGUUCCAACGGGGAAGAGAGAUCAUCUUCAUCCGGACCCAAUGCGGCAUAUUGAGUAAGUGAGGUAAAGGUUGGGUUAUGGCUGUUGCUGGGCCGGGGAGGAGCGGGCAUACUCUGGUAAAAGAUACAUACUUGUUUGCCAUCGAGGACCGAUUCGAAAUCAGCUACAGCAUUGGCAGGAUCCGCAAUCCCAGCGGAAUAGACAGGGUUCGAGGAGAGUUCAAAAGAGCCUUGAACAUUAUUAGGUUGUGCAGUGGUGGGAAGUCAAUGAGGGAGCUUUUAGACCAGGAGGCGCCACCGGAGAAACCAUGGGUUAGGGGGGAAGAUGACCAGAGGAUGGAUUGGAAAUCUAAUCCAGAUCAAAAUGCUAACAUAGAGACGAACAACGAUACC